UUGAGCUACAUUGAUCUACGGUCGUUUCGGCGAUAUAUGGUCUUUUCCUGUCAUGCCGCUGACACCGCGCAAAGUGUGGCCAACGUCACACAAGACACGAAAGCGAAAAGCCCCAUCGGUGCUGGCAAGCGAACGAAACCACCCGGCGGCGAAGGUGACGGAGUGGCCAUAUGUACUCCAUCAUUCCUCGAAGACGCCAAGAGAACACCGGCACUCUGCGCACUGAUGCCCCAUGAGCUCAAAAAAGAGCCGACCACAUCACCUUACUACGGACAUUCGUUUAGAUUGACUGCCAAGAGUACGGGACGAAUGCACGGACACUAGACACGACAGAAGAUGAAAGCAACCCGAGCGCCACAUCAUGAUUUCCGAAUCUAUGGCAGUAAAGUCUCUAGGUCGCGACGGUUGACGAACCGAACAAGUUGCCGUGAAUGUGCUGUCAAUGAAUGAUACGCGAUGGGAGGCAUUCU